UCGUUUAUGUGCUUGUUGUGAAGGAGUGAUUUUUUUCUUUCUAUCCAUUACAGCUUCUUCGCCUCAACACAGGAGAAAAAAUGGCUUCUCCUCUACCUUCUCGUCUCCUCCCUCUGCCCUCCAAACCAUCUCCGCCGGCGAAUUCCUCAGCCUCCACCAUUCUUCACUUCCCACCGCAGCGGAACUGUGGAGCCCCACCCCUAAUAUCCCGGUUCAAGUGCUCCGCGGGACAGACGGGCUUCUUCACCAAACUCGGCCGACUAAUCAAAGAAAAAGCCAAGAGCGAUGUGGAGAAAAUCUUUUCCGGGUUUUCUAAAACGAGGGAUAAUUUAGCUGUUAUUGAUGAGCUUCUGCUUUACUGGAAUCUCUCUGAUACUGACAGGGUUUUGGAUGAACUGGAAGAGGCAUUGUUAGUUGCUGAUUUUGGGCCUAAAAUCACUAUAAAGAUUGUGGAGAGCUUGAGGGAUGAUAUAUACUCCGGCAAGCUCAAAUCAGGAAGUGAAAUCAAAGAUGCUUUAAAGAGAAGCAUAUUGAAUUUGCUAACAGCAAAGGGGCUUAAAACCGAGUUGCAGCUCGGUUUCAGGAAACCAGCUGUUAUCAUGAUUGUUGGUGUCAAUGGAGGUGGUAAGACUACAUCACUUGGAAAGCUGGCUAAUAAAUUGAAAAAAGAAGGGACCAAGGUACUGUUGGCAGCAGGAGAUACAUUUAGAGCAGCUGCAAGUGAUCAAUUAGAGAUAUGGGCCGAAAGGACAGGUUGUGAGAUUGUUGUAGCUGAAAAGGAAAAUGCAAAAGCAUCAUCAGUUCUUUCACAGGCUGUAAAAAGGGGAAGAGAACAAGGUUUUGAUGUUGUCCUAUGCGACACAUCUGGACGGCUGCAUACGAAUUAUAGUCUUAUGGAAGAGUUGAUAGCAUGCAAGAAAGCUAUUGGGAAAGUUGUUUCUGGUGCACCAAAUGAGAUCCUGCAAGUAUUGGACGGAACAACCGGUCUAAACAUGCUUCCACAAGCAAGAGAAUUCAAUGACGUUGUCGGAGUAACUGGUUUGAUCCUGACAAAACUUGAUGGUUCCGCCAGAGGUGGCUGUGUGGUGAGUGUGGUUGAUGAGCUUGGCAUUACUGUGAAGUUUGUUGGUGUCGGUGAAGGCGUGGAAGAUCUCCAACCAUUUGAUGCCGAGGCAUUUGUAAAUGCAAUAUUUCCCUGAAUGUUACCGAAUCCUACAUCAUAGUCGAUAAGUUAUCUGCCUGGGCAGUGAUAUUUCCUCAAAGAAAAGUUAACUAGAUUCGUGUGCCGCAAUCGAUGGAUAUACAUAACUGAGAACUGAAGGAUGCGACUUUCAGGCUACUCUCAGGCUUCCAGUAUCACACCACAAGAGGUGGGCUCGACCAAGCAACUACUCGUACUCCUCUUCUCAUAUGGAAUUUUCAUCCACUUAUAUGUACAUGUACGACACUCUUGGGAAUUAAUUUAGGUCAUCUUUAUGGAUUCAAGAAUCUGCAGUUGAGGGCUGUAAUGAAAUCAACUUGUGUAGAGAUCAAAAGGGUUCUUGGCAAAGAUUAUUUUACAGCUUGAUGCUAACUA